UCAACAAACAUGUUCAAAUGAUCAUGUGAUAAAGACUGCUUGUGAUAAUUAAUUUGAAGCAAAAAUUAAAGGCAAAAACACACAAAACUGACACAUCUUUUUUAUAUUCGAUAAAAUGAGUUUAAAAUCAAAGAAAAGUUUGAUUUGGAUUUUUUGCGUUUGUGUUACGUUAGUUAUUUUAUUGGCUUGUAUUGUUGCAAUUGAAUACAAACGAUUUUCGGUACCAAUUGUUCAAACAGAUAAAGGUCAAGUUCAAGGUGACAUUUUGAAAACCAUUCUUAAUCAUCAACCGUAUUAUUCAUUCAGAGGAAUACCUUACGCAACUCCUCCUGUCGGCAGUCUGAGAUUCAAGCCUCCUAUCGAAGCAAAACCAUGGACUGGUAUAAAACAGACAAUCAAUGAUGGUUCACAAUGCGUCCAAGUCUAUAACAAUCUUCUAUUUGGUUCAGAAGAUUGUCUUUUCCUCAAUGUAUUCACUCCCGAGAUAGAUGUUAAUAAUCUGAAAUCAGUUAUGAUUAUUAUACACGGUGGACAACAUAAAUAUGGAUCCGCCUCAUUGUUUGCUCCUGACUUUUUUAUUGAAGAAGAUGUAGUAUUUGUGGCAAUGAACUUUCGUGUAGGAGCAUUAGGUUAUUUAAGGCUGGAUCAUUCGGAUAUUUUGGGCAAUGCUGGAUUGAAAGAUCAAGUGCUGGCAAUGCAAUGGGUCAAAAAUAAUAUUAAAAAUUUCGGAGGAGAUCCUGAACGAGUAACGAUUAUCGGACAUAGUUCUGGAAGCAUUUGUGUUGAUCUUCACAUCGUAUCUGAUUUAUCGAAAGGACUUUUCCAUCGAUCAAUCGCAGUGAGUGGUUCGAUUCUAUCUUCCUGGGGUAUGUCAACACCUGAAGAGGCUAGAGAACGUGCUUUUAAACUUGGUUCUUUGUUAAACAACAAUCAAAGUUUAAGCAAUGUAGACGAUCUCGUCUCAAUCUUACAGAAAGCUGACGCCACUGACAUAGUCCUGAAAGCCAACUCAUUUCCUCAGUUGCGCCCUUUCAAACCUUCGGUGGAAAACCCCAAUAUUGCCAAAAAUGAGAGUAAAUUUUUGAGUGACUGUUUCAUCGAUAAGUUUUUGACUGGAAAUUAUAGUAAGCUGCCUCACAUUGCGGAAUUUGCUGCUGAUGAAAAUUUAUACCAUCUUCUAAGUGCGCAGUUAUUUAAUGCUUUAAAACGUGAAACAUAUGACUAUGUUAAAAAUUAUGAGCCUUUCUCAUCAAUCAUUCGCGUAAACAUCAGGAACCAAACUACUGCAGAUAAUUACAGCUCCAAAGAUAGUUUGAAACGACUCAUCGAUGUUCUUACUAAUAUUAACUAUGUGGCUGGCCACGAUUUGAAACAAAAAAUUAUGACACAAACUGGAACGCAAUCAUAUUACUACCUUCGAUAUGCUUUUGAUGCGAAAGAAUAUUCGAAUCAUCGCACAUAUAAUAUAACAGUAUUGGAUGGAGCUUCGCAUACAGAUUCCAAGGUGAUGUUUCUUCGCAAUUAUAAACAGCCGUUGAAAGAUCACCCAGUCGCACUUAAGAGAAAUCAACUUUUACGACUUUACACAAAUUUCGUAAAAUAUGGCAACCCAACUCCGGAUGGUGAGAAUGAUCCAUUAUUGCGUAUCACGUGGCCGGCUUCAGGUAAAAAUGGAGCUCAUCUUGAUUUUGGUGACGAAUUGAUAGUAAAACCAUACAGUCCUGGUGAUUUUGAAACAAAAAAAUUCGAAGAAAUUCUUUACGAUAAGCUACAAGAUGGAAUUUGUUGUAAUUCAACUUGCAAAAUUUAGAAUAUUUAAUACAAAAGAUUUUCAUUUGAAUUUUCAUAACAUCUCUUCAUCUUUUUACUGUAUCCUUUGCAAAACUUAAAUUUGCUGUCCAUAAUACAAAAAAAAAAACUGUCUAAUUUUGUGUACGUUAAACCAUCUCAACACAAAUAUCAUUUUUUCUUCAGAAACUUACUCGAACUGAAGCUUCUCCAACUUUCUUCAAGCAUUCUUGUUCAUUUCUUCUUUUGCUCAAUACCAUUAUACAUAACUUGAGUUUGAAAUCAACGCAAAUUCAAUGUGAAUGGAAACACGUGACACACAUCACAUUUUCUUCCAAUUCGCCCUAGGGAAUUCGGCAAAAUAAUGUUGCAUAAUUAAUGUAUAUAUCGAACUCAGUAAACUAGUCUUGUAUAUGUAAAAUCAAUACCAUAUCUCUUCAUUUGUUUUUUCAAUUCUAAAUCAGGUCUUUAACGCAUAAAAUUUCGCCCCUUAUUGUUGCUGUCUUGAAUCCAAAAGUGACGAUGCUUCGAAAAGACAUUAAUUAUUUUAAAUGGUUUGUUUUAUCAAUAUUAUGCCAAAAGAGAUGAUUCUCCGGAGAGAAAUUCUUUGCAUACCCCAAUUUGUGCUUCAGAAAAGGGGGUUAUUUUACGCAAAAUAAAUGUGAAAUUGAAUACUUUUCUGGAGAAUUUGAUAUAUUGAGUGUAACUGGUGCAACAUUUAAUUAUAUGCGUUUACACAACACCUUAUUUUCUGACACAUCGAAAUUAAAUAUUUCACAUUUUACGAAGAUGAAUCGUUCGAUAUGAUGCUGAUUCCAUGCGAAUCGUUUAAACAAAUGAAUAAUGUCGCUGCAAAAGUGAACGGUGAUGAAUUGUAUAGAAUUUCAACGAAUCGAUCUUUGAAUAAAUUGAUACAGUAAUUCGAUGAAGUGCGAUUCGCCUAUAUCGGAGAAAAUUCCAUUAGUAGAGAUUUUUUUUCAACUGUUGCAGGAAAUAUUAUCGAUUUGGACAGAUUUUUUACCGUAUUUGAAUAUCGCUCAUGUUCGAGUUUUUUUUAAUUAAAGGGCGAAAAAAUGUAUAUCAUUGACAAAAAAAAACCAAUGGAAAGCAAUGUACCUCAAUGAAAAUUGCACUUUUUUUAUUCAUAUAAAUGGAGUUUGGUUAAUUCCGUACCGAAAUUAUGCUAUAAAGUGCCACACAGCUAGCGCCAUUACGGAAUUCAAUGUAAUCUAUACUAAGUUGCCGCCAACUAGUGAAAAGACUUUUGCUCAGUUACAAACAAAUGACUAGAACUCCAUAGUUGUACGUAAUGGCGCUAGCUUUGCUAUAUAUAGAUUGGCAUUUUAUACAGUCUCUUAUGGAACAUAAUUGCAGUGUGGUUAAUUCAAUAGGAACGUAUGAAAUGUAAUAAUUUUUAACGAAAUUUUCAAAUAGUGUUUUCUAUCUCGAAUUGAAAUAUAUGAAAAGUUGUAUUCAUUAUAACAUUUGUAAAAGAAAAUAAAUUUCCAAAAAUGGUGGCUCCA